AUGGCACAGUCGCAAACAUCCAGUCACAGCACAACUGCCGGCAUUCUAGCCGAGCUCUAUAUACUAUUUAUGAUUGCGGUCUUUUUAAUUGGUCUGCGAAUAUGGGUUAGAACUCGAAUUUCAAAAAACUGGGGAUGGGAUGACAGUUUUAUUAUUGUCGCUUGGGUGUUUCUUCUCAUCGGCGUUGUCCUCGUCCAGAUUGAAGCGAACUACGGCAUGGGACAUCAUUUGGAAACCCUGAAAACCCCAGAAAGCCAAGCCCUCACCAUCAUGAAGUUCAACACCUUUUAUCAAAUGGACAACGUACUUUGCACACUUUUUACAAAGCUUUCCAUCAGCGCCUACAUUCUACGGAUCAAAGAUAGCAAAAGAAUACGCUGGGUACUAGGUGUUCUCAUGACUCUCAUGGCUCUAGCUACGAUAGCAGUAAUCGUUGUUCUUAGCGUCUCGUGCAUGCCGCUGAAGAAGUUAUGGGAUCCAACAGUGCCAGGAACAUGUCUAGAUCUGACGACUGUCUACUAUGUUGCUUACGUUCAGUCGGGCUUUACCAUCGUCAUCGAUCUAUGCCUUAGUGCGGCACCGAUUCUCAUAUUAUGGAACGUGAAGAUUCAACGCGGUCGCAAAUCUCUUAUUUGCUGCUUACUGAGUCUGGGUCUCGUUGCGACAAUUUCGAACGCUUUGCGGAAUGACUUCCAGACCGAGUUGACUACCUCGGAUAUGACUUACAAUAUGACCGGCGUUACUGUGGUGGCCAUUCUCGAGCUUUCGAGUGGUAUCAUUGCCGCUUGUAUUCCGGCUUGCAUGCCUCUCUGGACAUGGCGAAAGCAAAAGAUCGGGAGCACGACAAAAGAUCGCUAUGAUUCAAGAAAUUACAUGAAUAUGAAGGACAGAUUCAGCGAAGAUGAUAAAGCCUCUUCAUCAAAGGGCUCUUCUUCUUCCGUGCCGGGUGAUGUUGCUUUGAGCCAACUAACAGUCGGGCAACCGCCUGCGGUCCAUCAUGAAGUUUAUGAUGGUCGAGCCAUGUAUAGAGUUUAA